UUUUGGAAGUGGCUUUAUAGUAAAACCCUCAACGACCGCUGCAAACUUUACAAUACAGAUAAUUGAAUAUGGUGCUCUGUGAAACCAACUUGAUGUAUUUCGCAAUGGUUUACACAACUAGCAAUGUGCAACCUAAUUUUGGACUUUCGGUACUGAGUUUUAUACAACAUGAAGCACUAAAUUGUUUACCAAUAUUGGAUGCCGAAUACUUUGUUAAGGUAGAAAAAAGGCACAGCAAGUCGAUAUAAAAUGAUCACUAAAUGUUCCAUAAAGCUUGAGCCAUUGUAUACAGCAAGAUGGCCACGGAUAAAACUCAGACUUUACAGUCCCUGGGGAUAACGCCUUACUUCAGUUCAUCAUCACGUGACUUGAGAUUGGAUUUGAAUUAUCGUAACAUCCAACGACUACCUUACGACCUUUUCAAAUUAGAGGACUUGCAAUGGUUGAACCUUAACGUGAACAGACUGAAUGAGCUGCCUCCAGAGUUUGGAUCGCUGAAGAAACUCCGAUGGCUGUAUCUUGAGAACAAUCUCUUUGACAGGUUUCCUGAUGUCCUCUGCGAGCUAACAGAGCUGAUACGCCUUUAUCUGAGUGCGAACAGUCUAAAAAUCAUCCCCCGGGACAUCUGCAGGUUAACGGAGCUGCGAUGGCUCGAUCUCUCAGAUAAUUCCUUUUGGGAGUUUCCUCUAGGUCUUUGUGACAACGCCUUGUCAAAACUGGAACGAUUGGUCAUGGACAACAACAAACUGACAUGCCUUCCAGCUCAGGUUUCUAUCCUGAAAGGGUUAAAGGUUUUGCAUCUGAGCGACAAUCAGAUCGAAUGGUUACCUCAGACGAUUUGCGACAUGGAAAAACUGGAGGAAAUGCAGUUGUCAAAUAACCCCCUAAAAACUCUUCCCGCCUACUUUGGCGAAAGACUCAAAAGGCUGAGGACCCUAGUGUGCAAGGGAUGCCCUUUCAUCGACCCCCUGAAGAGCUCUGUAGAGAAGGGUAUGAAAUCUCUCCGGGAAUACCAGGGAAUCAUCAACAGACGGUGUGAGAAUACUGGGUUGGUGUAUUUUAAGAAGCAGAAUGAUGACAGUGGUGAGAAACCCUGCUAUCGGAUGAGGACUAGACCAAGGGGUGUGGCAGUAAUCAUAGAUAACCUUUCCAAGCUUGGACAUAGCGAUACAGACGAGGAUGAAAGGGCAUGUACACCAAGUUGGCACAGUAGCUCAGAUUAUCUGCGUUCAGUUCUCCUGAAGCUUGGUUUCAACGUGAGAAUGAUGCGCGGUUUGAUGUCCCUCGACAUUAUCUCAGCUCUUCGCUUCCUCAGUCUCGAAGACCACUCUUACUUUGACUGUCUCAUGGUCUGCGUCUUGUCUUACGGUGGUCAGGGAAAGGUGAUCGGUCCCGAUGGCAUAUCAGUCGACGUCAAGCAGCUCAUGGACAUUUUUACCCGUGAAAACUGCCCAACUCUGGCGGAGAAACCUAAAUUAUUCUUCCUGCAGAUCUUGGACAAGCAUCCGGACAACGCACCAAGGUCAUCUGCUUCAUCACGAAGUCCUGCCGUGUCUCCGAAUGAAACAGAGAGGAAUAAGCGCUCACCCAGAUCGUUGAUGGACCCAACGGGUUCACUCAUCCCUGAAGAUGAUGACUUCUUGUUAACGGUUGCCAUGGUACCACCCGCCGCCAUAUGCGAGUCCCUGCGAGAUAUGUACACCCUCUACGUCAACGUCCUUUUCGGAAUGAUGGAGAAGUAUGCCCGGAAACUCAACAUUCUUGACGUCGUUACUACUGUUCAUAGUGAAGUAAGAACGAUACAAAUCGCCACUGUCGAUGGUCAGACUACUUCAGUGAAGCCUAUCAUUCAGUCUUCUCUCAAGUAUAAUCUUUACCUGAGUGUACCCACCAUAAUGGCAACUCCUACAAGUAGCCUUGGAAUAGCAAGUCCGUGAUCAUUGCACAAACUUUGCAACGCCUUCAAUCAUUCAUAAUCAUUAUUACAGGAAUGUUAUGACUCAUGCAAUGUUCUGUUGUGAACCCGACCUACAAAGGAAAAUACUUUCUCCAAUCAAAAUCCUGUAUCAGCAUUGCAAACGGCUCACAAGAUGAUCACUUGAUGUCAAGAAAUGAUGUUACAAAAUAUACCCAAAUAGACUUGAAAAUAAUGACACAAUCAAGACUGUGUUCCAAACUUCAAAUGACAAUAUUCAUGGAUAUCUGGUGGCCAUGUGGAUAAUCUCACCUGAUUGUACGAAAAUCUUACCACGAUAAGGACCAGUCUUACUUUUCAAGGUACAAUUGUUAAACAACACACCCACAUGAGUUAGAUAGAUUAUAUUAUUUGUUCCUUGGAGAUCAAGGAACAAAAUUGACACAAAAGAUAGCAAUAUUUGCAGGAGGGAAUUUAUUUUUAAUGUAAAUAGUACCUCCUACACUUAUUUGUCAGGACAAUAUAGAAAAAUGUUUGCAACGUUCAUCAUCGUUAACGCUUUUAUCCGUGUGCUUACUUACAAUGCAUAUCUGAUGCAAGUGAGAAAUGUUUUAUGCAUCGAUUAUUAUUACAUAUCUGACAGAUCUUAAUUAAACUUCAUCUUGGAAUUAGGGAGACGAGUGCACAUCUAUAUUUUGCAUGUUGUUGAAUCUGUGAACUACUAUUUUUUGUACAGAAAGGUUAUCAUCCAAGGCUGAACUGAACUACUUUCAUUCAGGAAUGUCACUGAUCAAUGUGAAUGAUUUUGCUGGAGACGACUAAAAUAAAUUCGUUUAACUGUGGGUAUUAAAACGUGUUGAGUGCUCAGGAGCAGACGCUACGCAAUCAUUUCUAUAUACCGAAGAGAUGGGAUGAUAUCCCAACUAAGAUUUUCACUUUCUUUCAUGCACUUCGAGUCCUAUCUACAUAUAUAUUGCUUUCUUCACGAAAAUGAUACAUACAUUUUGAUCGGGUAAGGUGCAAUUUUCCCUCUUUUGCUGCAUGCAAACUUAUUAUUUAUUUAUUUUUUGAUGAAUGGGAUGAAUAGCAAAGGUUUGUGACAAGAUUUAAAGCUAAACAAUCUUUAAUGAAUAAUGCA